GGGGGGGGGGGGAGGGGGGCCAAGGGUCCCUGCCGGGGGUGAGGAGAGAGGAUGGGUGUGGUUCUCUGUCCAGGUCGCGGACCAUGGCCUCUCUCAAAGUUUAUCUGCCCUCCGCCUUCUUGUGUAUCUCUUGGCGAUUGAAGAUGCUUCUGGCCCAGGCAAACUGGGCUUCUUGGGUGUUUAGGUCUCGCUCGUGUCGGACAGCAAUCGAUACGGGGCGCGGGCGGGGCUUGCGUGCAUUUUUCUUGUUUCUUGAGGCGUUUGUCUCUGUUUCGGGAUCGAUCGUAACGCACAAGGGUAUCUGUGAUGAAUUGUAGGUGGAUGGGAGUCUGGGAGC